AUGAGGGGAAGGACACGAGCACUCCCCCGCCGNGCCGCAGCUGCAUCUCUGCAGGUCCUGGAGAUGGAGAGCAUGGAAACGGCCGCCGCCGGCUCGGCCGGGCUGGCCGCUGAAGUCAGGGGCAGCGGCACGGUGGACUUCGGGCCCGGGCCCUGCUUAUCUGCCAUGGAGGCGAGCGGGGGCGAUCCGGGCCCAGAGGCCGAGGAUUUCGAGUGCAGCUCUCACUGCUCCGAGCUGUCGUGGAGGCAGAACGAGCAGCGGCGCCAGGGCCUCUUCUGCGACAUCACCUUGUGCUUCGGCGGUGCCGGAGGCCGCGAGUUCCGGGCCCACCGCUCGGUGCUUGCUGCGGCCACCGAGUACUUCACUCCCCUGCUUUCGGGCCAGUUCUCCGAGUCCCGCUCGGGCCGGGUGGAGAUGCGCAAGUGGAGCUCCGAGCCCGGGCCCGAACCAGACACGGUGGAAGCCGUUAUCGAAUACAUGUACACCGGGCGCAUCCGCGUCAGCACGGGCAGUGUGCACGAGGUGCUGGAGUUGGCCGACAGGUUCCUAUUAAUUCGUUUAAAAGAAUUUUGUGGAGAAUUUCUCAAGAAAAAACUUCAUCUUUCUAACUGCGUUGCCAUUCAUAGCUUAGCUCACAUGUAUACCCUGAGCCAACUUGCUCUGAAAGCUGCCGAUAUGAUACGGAGAAAUUUCCACAAAGUAAUUCAGGAUGAGGAAUUUUAUACUUUACCUUUCCAUCUUAUUCGAGACUGGCUGUCGGACUUGGAAAUUACGGUUGAUUCCGAAGAGGUUCUUUUUGAAACAGUUUUGAAAUGGGUUCAAAGAAAUGCUGAAGAGAGGGAGAGAUACUUUGAAGAACUCUUUAAAUUGCUCAGAUUGUCCCAGAUGAAACCUACUUACCUUACUCGGCAUGUCAAACCAGAGAGGCUGGUGGCCAAUAAUGAAGUUUGUGUCAAGUUAGUGGCUGAUGCAGUGGAGAGGCAUGCUCUGAGAGCUGAGAACAUACAGUCUGGCACAUUCCAGCAUCCUGCUUCUCAUGUGUCAUUAUUACCUCGCUAUGGGCAAAACAUGGAUGUGAUCAUGGUUAUUGGAGGCGUGUCGGAAGGAGGGGACUAUUUAAGUGAAUGUGUGGGAUAUUUUGUUGAUGAGGAUAGAUGGGUAAACCUGCCCCAUAUUCAUAAUCACCUGGAUGGACAUGCAGUUGCAGUAACAGAAUCCCACGUGUAUGUUGCUGGAUCAAUGGAACCAGGGUUUGCUAAAACUGUGGAAAGAUAUAACCCAAAUUUUAAUAUAUGGGAACAUGUUUGUAGUCUGAUGACAAGGAAGCAUUCUUUUGGGCUAACACAAGUCAAAGGGAAGCUCUAUAGCAUUGGAGGACAUGGCAACUUUAGUCCUGGCUUUAAAGAUGUUACUGUUUAUAAUCCCGAGAUUGAUAAAUGGCACAACUUGGAAUCAGCACCAAAGAUUCUUCGAGAUGUCAAAGCACUAGCCAUUGAAGACCGAUUUGUGUACAUUGCUGCCCGCACUCCUGUGGACCGGGACACUGAAGAUGGAUUAAAGGCUGUAAUUACUUGCUAUGAUACAGAGACUCGACAGUGGCAAGAUGUGAAAUCUUUGCCACUUAUUGACAAUUACUGCUUUUUCCAAAUGUCCGUGGUCAAUUCAAACUUCUAUCAGACAGCAUCGUGCUGUCCCAAGAGUUAUUCUUUAGAAAAUGAAGAGGCAGUCAGAAAAAUUGCCAGCCAAGUUUCUGAUGAGAUCCUUGAAAGCUUACCUCCAGAAGUCCUAAGCAUUGAAGGGGCAGCCAUUUGCUAUUACAAAGAUGACGUUUUCAUUAUUGGAGGCUGGAAAAACAGUGAUGAUAUAGACAAGCAGUAUCGGAAAGAAGCCUACCGAUACUGUGCUGAGAGAAAGAGGUGGAUGCUUCUUCCUCCCAUGCCUCAGCCUCGUUGUAGAGCCACUGCUUGCCAUGUGAGAAUCCCAUACCGGUACUUGCAUGGCACACAGAGAUAUCCUAUGCCCCAAAACUUAAUGUGGCAGAAGGACCGGAUCAGACAGAUGCAAGAAAUACAUCGGCACGCCUUAAACAUGCGGCGAGUGCCAAGCUCUCAAAUAGAAUGCUAGGUUCUCUAAUACAUGCAGCUUAAAACAGUUAUACCUGUUUUGUGAAGCUGAAAAUAUCCAGACUGUUACUUGAAAAAGUAUGUCGAUAACUUAUUUUCUACCUGAAUUGAUGAUUGCCCCCUAUAAAGGAAAUAUAGUUAAAAUCAGAAAACUGGGAAACUCAAUUCAAUACGUGGUAAUUUUUGUUAGCUUGCAGUCUUUUUUUGCCUUUGGUCUCUGUCUUUGGUUUGUGUGUAUGUGCUAGCUAAAUAAGAUUUUACUAAAGACAAGCGUGAAAACCAAGUGUAGUUAUUUGGCUGGUUUUCUGCCAAGAAGUUAUAACUCCUUUGUCUUAGGGACUUAGGUUUUGAACAUGCUUUAAGCACCAAUUUUAUUUGCACAUUUACCUUGAUAUUCCUUUUCAUUUUUUCUC